ACAUUACAAUUGAGUCACAAGUCUUGCAGUGAUUCUACACACAUUAUAAAACUGUGUCCUGCACAAUUUCAUAUAUAACCAAAACUAUCAACUGAAAUCUUUUAGCCAUAAUGAUGGUUCCAACAAUAUUUUUUUUCCUUCAGUUUUCCACUCUCUUAUAUCUUUCCACUGUUUCUUUUGCUUCCACUGAGGAAGCAACUGCUCUUCUCAAAUGGAAAGCAACUUUCCGCAACCAGAAUAAUUCGUUAUUGGCUUCUUGGACACUAAGUACUGAUGCAUGCAGGGAUUGGUAUGGAAUUAUAUGCUUUAAUGGUCGAAUAAACAGGUUGAAUAUUACAAAUGUUGGUGUUACCGGUACACUCUAUGAUUUUCCAUUUUCAUCUCUCCCUUUUCUUGAAUAUGUUGAUCUUAGCAUGAACCAACUCUUUGGAACCAUUCCACCUGAACUAGGAAAGCUCACUAAUCUUGUCCAUCUUAACUUGUCCAUCAAUCAGAUUUCAGGUUCAAUCCCACCACAAACUGGCUCAUUAACCAAACUUGAGACUCUCAGUAUCUUUGACAACCAUUUAAAUGGUUCCAUUCCUGUUGAAGUAGGGAAGAUGAAGUCACUUGAGGUUUUAACCUUAGAGAGUAACAAUCUUUUUGGCCCAAUUCCAACUACUCUAGGUGACUUAACUAAGCUCAAAGUUUUGUACCUUUAUUCUAACCAAUUUUCUGGUCCCAUUCCUAGUGAGUUGGGGAAUUUGAAAGACCUCACUGAUUUGGAAUUGUCUCAUAAUCAUCUUAGUGGUUCAAUUCCAACUGUUGUAGGAGACUUAACCAAACUCAAGAGUCUGUACCUUCAUUCUAACCAACUUGCUGGUCCCAUUCCUAGUGAGUUAAGGAAUUUGAAAAACCUCAAUGAUUUGGCAUUGUCUCAUAAUCAGCUUAGUGGUUCAAUUCCAACAGUUGUAGGUGAC